AUGGUGGCGGCUCAGCAGUGGCGGCCGAGGCCAAGGGUGGGCGAGUGCGGCGCGCGCCCAGGCGUCCUCGCGGCGGCGGCGGCGGCUCGGUGUCCCCCGCGGCCCGGCUCUGUCUCUGAAGGCGAGACGCGCCGCUGCCGCUGCGGCUCUCCGAGUCGGUGGGCGCGCGACCGCUCGCGGGUUCUCCCCCGCGCUCCGAUCGCUGUCCUGGGGGGCUCAGCGAACCCCGCAGCCGCCGCUCCGAGCCGUAGCUGCACCACUCUGCCUGCUGUGACCUCUGCCGAGACGGACCGGGGACAAGGAGGGAAAGUCACCGGGAAGGACGAGAGGAGCAGAGCGCGGGCUCCGUACACGCGCGCGCGCGGGCCACGAGCCGAGAAAUUGGCUGAGGGCGCACGCCCUACCUUUACUAUAUACCGCGCCUCCGCCACCCGUAGCCCCGCCCAUCGGCGGCACGGCGGACCAAUCGCCGGCUUCGAGAAGGCGGAGCCUGAGACCCGAAGGGGCGGGCGCGGGGCCGGCACAAAGGAGCCCACUGGGCUAGAGGGACUGGCGCGGCCGCGGGGGCGCGGAGAGGGACUGGGGGCUGGUGAGUUGCGCUCCGGCUGCUAUGCGCGCCCCCUCCCGCCCCUGGCUGUGCCCGGACACCCCCCUGCGCUGGUGCGGUGGCCUGCACCUGCGUCGAUCUCUGGGAGCCCCGGAGACCUCGGUCCCUUCCUCGCGUCUGGUACCCCCCCCACACACACACACACCUACUGGGCUAGGUUUGCUGCAGGUCCACCUCCCCUAGGCCCUGGCUGGGUAGGGGAAGGUCACUCCGGGACGCUAGUGACUCUGCCCAGCUCUGCUCCGCCUCUCCGCUCCUGCACCUGCCGCCCCCUCGCAAUCUCUGCCACUGCGGUUGCAGUUCCGGCCCGGCCCUCUCCUAGCAGGCCAGCCCAGCGGGCAGCUUGGGUUCCUGACUCCUGGGCUGUGCUCCUUGUGGGCGGCCUGAACCACCUCAAGCCGGACAAUUGCCAAACCCACCCUGGCUUGUAGCUGGGAACCGGUUGUGGCUCCUGCCAGUCUAGACCCCGGGGAACAAUUUCUGCACGUGACCCAGACACCUAAGACUCUCCUAGCCCAGAUGCCAGUUUGUGUGACAAAUGCCAGUCAGACUGCUGUCCUGGGAGACAAACAAGCUUUCUUUGUCACCUGCGCCCCAUCUUCCUCUGGUAGAUUUCUCUCCUUCUCAGGUGAGUUUCCCAGCUCUGCAAGAGUCAGGCCUGCAGAGCCAUGGCAGCGUCUCCCCGCCCCACCCCCACCCCCCAAACUCCAUAGAAGAAGCAUUCCUGUUCCCACCCAGAGCUAGUGAUGCUGCAGAAGAGCAUGAUCUCAGCCCGCUUCUGUGGGAACCAUUUCUUUCAGUGGCUCACCUCGUGCUCCACCUCCCUAGCCAGUCUCCACCAUCUGGCCACAUAAAGCAGCCCAAGGAAGGGUAAGAUGGAGAGGUAGCCACAGUCCUCACUUCCAGGUCGGCCAGCUUUGCCUCCUUGGCCAAGUCACUUGUUCUCUCCAGGGCUGUUCCCGGAGCUGUAAAAUUAGAGUGAUACAUUGUAGCCAGGAUUAAAAGAAGGAUGUGGGAAA